AUGCACUUUACAAAGCACACACAAACGCAAACACGCGCGAAGAAGAAGAAAAAACUCAAUUUGUAUUUCUGCAUUCUUCUUGAAGAAAAGUCCGCAGGAGAAAUGCAAUCAACUUCAAUAAAGUCAAGCGUAUUUCGCUCGCUAUCACUGAGACGCCAUCUAUCUAUCUAUCUAUCUAUCUAUCUAUCUAUCUAUCUCAUUCGAUUCGCAUCUAUGACAUUCUGUUCACAUAGUCAGUCUUUUUUUUUCUUUCGUUGCUCUUUCUUUCUUUAUUUUUCUUUCUUUUUAACAACCAUUUCUCUUUUUUUCUCUUUUUGUUUCUUUCUGACCAUCAAUACUUUCUUUAUUUCUUUCAACCGUCUUUCUUUCUUUUUUCUUUCUUUCUUUAUUUUUCUUUCUUUCUUUCUUUCUUUGUUUUUCUUUCGUUUUUUUAACCAUCACUUCUUUCUUUUUCUCUCUUUUUUCUUUCUUCAUAACCAUCAAUUCUUUCUUUCUUUCUUUCUUUCUUUCUUUCUUUCUUUCUUUCUUUCAACCGUCAGUUCUUUCUAUCUUUCUAUCUUUCUUUCUAUCUUUCUUUCUUUCUUUCAAUUUCAUCACUUCUUUUUUUUCCUUUUUUCUUUCUUUCUUUCUUUCUUUCUUUCUUCUUUCUUUCUUGCAAUCUUUCACGUAUGA